AUGACCUCAAAAAGAGCCUCUCUCAUCGACAACUGGAACAAUGCUAACUCCUCAACACUCCCACCAUCCCACGAGGCCUCUCCCUCCCAGACCCAGAGUCCCUGCAGCCUGUCCUCUCUGGCUCUGACUAAUCAAGAGCCCCCCCAACAGCCCACUAUCCAAGCAGCUCCUCUGGAACCAGUAGAAGAGACCUCAAAGCCUCCUCGUUUGCAUUGCAGCAUACGUCUCAAGCGUUUCAGCUCCAGAUGGCAUUCGAGAGGCUCCACUGGCAGCAGCAACACUCCCAUCUCUCCAAUAGAGAAGCUGCAUGUUGCAAGGAGUCACAAGAAGCGCCGUAAGCUGCUCGGUGAUGAGCCCACAUUGCACGUCACUGCCAGCAAUCAGCGCCAGCGUUACGUCACCAAGGAUGGCAAGUGCAGGGUCAAUCUGGGGCCUAUUGCAGACAAGAGUCGCUUUAUCUCAGAUAUUUUCACCACAUUAGUUGACCUCAAGUAUCGCUGGUUCCUUCUGGUCUUCUCUAUGUGCUACAUUCUCACAUGGGUGGCCUUUGGUGGAAUCUACUUCUUCGGUGCCUGGGUACGAGACGACAUUUCUCACGUUCAAGACCCACAAUGGAAAGCAUGCUUCGAAAAUGUAGACAGUUUCCUUUCAGCCCUGCUGCUGUCAAUAGAGAGCCAGAGGACUAUUGGGUAUGGCUCCAGGAUGGUGACAGCUAACUGUCCUGAGGGUGCGCUGAUCCUGAUGGUCCAGUCCAUCCUUGGCUCCAUAAUUGAUGCUCUGAUGGUGGGCUGCAUGUUUGUCAAAAUCUCCCGGCCACAGCAGAGAGCCCAGACGCUGAUCUUCAGCAAGCACUGCGUCAUAUGUGAGCGUGAUGAGAAGCUGUGCAUGCUCUUCCGCAUUGGUGAUCUGAGAGAGAGCCACAUGGUGGAUGCCAAGAUCCGGGCCAAGCUGAUCAAGUCCAGGCAGACCAAGGAGGGCGAGUUCAUCCCACUGGAGCAGUCAGAAAUCAAUCUGGGCUACGACACUGGGGGAGACAGGCUGCUCCUGGUGGAACCUCAGACCAUUACCCACAUAAUCAGUGAAAGCAGCCCCUUCUGGGAGGUGGGGUCUGAGCGUUUGAAGAGGGAGAGCUUUGAGAUCAUUGUAAUUCUGGAGGGCAUCGUGGAAGCAUCAGGUAUGACAUGCCAGGCAAGGACAUCCUACACCGAGGACGAGGUCCUCUGGGGUCACCGAUUUGAGUCGUGCAUUUCCUUAGAGAAAGGGGCAUUUCGUGUGGACUACAGUGCAUUUGACAAAAUCUUUGAAGUCCAAAUGUCCCGACUCAGCGCAAAAGACAGGAGCACAGCAAAGGAACAAUGUUGUGUUUUAGAAAAUGUUGGCUAAACAAGCAGUGUCUGUACAUUAAAAUGGCAUAUAUUGAGUGACUUAAAGUGAUUGUGAUAUUUCCUGAUAAACUAUAACAAUGAUACUUGAUGAAUAUUAGUUUCAGGGAAGCUUCUGUU